GUAGAUAUCCCUUUUUUCUUCUCGCGCCCCCACACCAUCCAACGCAAUCGAUCGAGCGUGAUAACGUUCUGCUUCGAUGAAUUCAUACAAUUGAAAUUUAAAAAACACGCGAGAGGAGUUUAUAUUGAAUCGCAGAUCCUCACACGUGAUAAAGUAUUGUUUACAUUUAUGUUCUUCUAACGGUCGUGUUGAUUUCACGAUCGCCCAUGUUUCCGCUUCCCGACGCGACGCGAAUCGGUCCGUGUAAAGCGGUGUAAAGUCUCCAGCGACCCUGAGUUGAUAGGCCUACGUACUUGGGGCUUACUACCAAGCCGGAGCGGCCCGGGACGCUUGGCUAGAGAACUGUAGGUGAGACGACGCGUCGCUGCCGCUCUCCAAAACAAGACGAAAUCAAACUUGGCCCUUGGAGGAUGUGAUUGUGUGAUGAUUUGUCCGACAGUUGGUAUUUCUCUAACCUCAAGUCGACAUCAGCCUGAGCUCAGAGAAUAAUGGUUAUCUCGCGUUAUUCUUGAUCUGUGAUAUGAGCCUGUAACCAUGACAAUUGAUAAAGUACAAUCAUCUCUCAGUUCGACGUCUCCACCCAUCCACGUCCAUGUUGAUCAGGAGACACCGGUCCAUGUCCAUGUCAAGAAAGGAGCAAAGAAAUCGGCUUCUGCGAUUGCGGUAGAGGAAAAAAUGAAAGCUAGCAAGAAUCGCUUCAAUGUAACAUUAGGAUCGGCUGGGAACAUGCGCCCUACAAGCAGUGCAAGGGGACCAUGGGUUCCAGCACCAGGCAAGAGUACCAGAGGACAGAAAUUUAGUUGGAAUGGAUCUGGGGCUAGAUUGGAUAUCCAGCCUCCAACAAGAGAUGGAUCCAGUUCUACAAUGAGGAUGGAAGACCUGGGAGACGGUGAUAACAAGAUGGAGGAACAGUACCGGGACUAUGAGGACCGCAUUGACAGCCUCAUGACGGAAGUUGGCUCUCUCAAGACGCAGAGAGAGGUUGAGAAGAGCAAGAGAGCUGCAGAGAGGGCCAAGGAGGAGCUGAAACUUUCCAGGAGGGUCCUGGAGGAGCAGGAGGAGGAGCUCCUAGGCUUCAAGGAGGAGCUCCAUAUGACAGAAAAGGAGAACAGGCACCUGAGGAAGUCCAUGGAGCAACUCAAAGAAGAGGCAGACACUUCAAAAUUGGGGAGGAGUCUUGCCAGCUCAGAAAGAGACCAAUUGUUGAAGAAGCUUGUAGAGACCGAGAUGGAUGCCAAGUCAGCUGCUAAUCAAGUAGAAGAACUCAGAGAUGUGGUACAAAGACUACGAGAGGAAAAGCACAUGUCUUCUAGAGAUAGCAAAGUGCUGGCAAAGCAACGCCACCUCCUCCUAGAAAAGCUGCAUGAUUUUGAGACUACAAAUUCUUCUCUACGAACCAUGCUACGGGAUGAACAUAAAAGACAGUCACAUCAGAGCCAAGCAGCCGAGCAGCGAGACGUCCUCUUGAAGAAGCUUACCGAAGCUGAAGCCUUGAACCAGAGCCUCAGGCUGGAGGUCCUUGAUAGUUCCAGAGUAGUGGAUUCUAUGAGGGCCAAUCUUGAACUAGAGAGGACCCAAGCUAAAUCCCUGGCGGACCUCCAUGGGACGACAGAGACCACCAGAGCACAUCUUCAGAAUCAGCUCAGGAAGCGGGAGGCUGACUGCAAUCGCAUGGCAGUUCAGAUCAGGAAUCUUGAGAACCAGAUUGAGCGGGAGAAACUAGAAGCUGAUCAUCUCCGGGCACAGCUCCUCGCUGCCAAAGAGAAGGCCUCCGCCGACAAGGAGGCCCUGAAGAGAGCGACCCGGGUGCAGAAGGACCGCGCCUCCAGGAGUGAAGAUGCGGUGGAGAAGCUCCAGCUCCAUGUCAUGGAGACGGAGGCCAAGCUGGCGGAGAUGGGAUCCCAGCUGGAUGAAUGGAAGGGUCUCAGCAAUAAGGUCACAAGAGAAAAGACCCAGCUGGAGAGUGAUAAUAGCUCUAUGAAAAGGAAUCUUGACGAUCUGGAGCUUCAAGUGAGGGAGCUAGACAUGACCUCCCGGGUUAACCUAGAUCGGGUCAAGGCUGAACUACAUCAUAAGAGUACUGAAGCAAGCAACCUCAAACUUGACAAUGAAAAACUACAGAUUUCAGUGAAGGAUAUCCAAGAUAAGUUGACCCAUGCACAUUCCAAUAUUGAUCAACUCAAAUCCAGUAUACAGCAAUAUGAAUCCUUAGUAGCAGAUUAUAAAGCACAGAUGAACCAGUCAAGAAGAGAGGCACUGGAUGUAUCUCUUCAACUGGAACAGAGCCAACAUGAAGCUAGCAGAGUCAAACAAGAAACUAGCAGAGAAAUAGAUCAGGUGAGAGGAAGACUAGAGCAGAGAUUACUAGAGCUUGAACCGUUACCAGGUAUGCUCCGAUCCACGGAACAGAAACUAGUCGAUGCUACAGAGAGACUCCUAGAGAGGGAGAAGAAGACGAUGGAGCAAACUAAACUCAUUACAGAAUUAUCAACAAAGGCGGACCAGAGCAGUACCCAGUUGGAGAAUUUCCGCCAGAAAUGGAUGUCUUCAGAUGAAGAGUGUCAUGCCCUCAAGGCCAAGUUUGACUCCGUUCAGAGGAGAUUGCAAGAUUGUGAAAAGCAAAAUGAGGAGUUUCGUCUUAAUCUGUCGAAGAGAGAUGAAUCAGUUCACCAGAUGCAACUGAACUUGGAGGAGCAGAAGCGGGAGAACUCCGGUCUGAUCCGUCAGCUGGAGCAAUCCAUCGCCGACAGCCGACGUCUUGAGGAGGAGUCUCGGGAGAAGGCGCUGGCUCGCGAACGGAACAGUCAGGCGAGGGUACUAGAUCUUGAAGCUCAGCUUAGUAGAGUAAAGAGUGAACUCGUACAAAACAGAAGGCAGAAGGAAGAUUUGGAACGGAAGUUCAACUCUCAGGUUUACGAUCUCAAGGACCGCUUGGAGCAAUCGCACAGUACUAAUCGCAGCAUGCAGAAUUAUGUGUCUUUCCUCAAGAACUCCUACGCAAACGUCUUCGGCGACACGUCAGGCAUGGCUUCCUCCCCUUACCAACCUCGAUCGUCAGCACACACUUGAUGUUUUAGAUGGAAGUGUACACCCCGGGAGCAUUUCAUGAGAAGUGUUGAUACUGAUUUUCUCUGACCGAUGUUACAAGCUACUGCAAAUCCUUGCAUCUGAUUAGCUGAGAACGAAUUAAACCAUGAAUAUCACUGACUUAAUACUUUUCAUGAAACCCUCCCCAGUAUUCUAUUGAAUUCACAUACAUUUCUUAUACCAGCGGUGUGUUUCACAAAGCACUUUGUCAUUGAUUGUAGCAGACAAUUUUGCUUUCGGAAAUUAGUCUCUUGCCAAAAUGACAGCAUUCCAGGCGAGGAUUCAAGACUCAUUCCCUUCUCUUGGUGCAUGAAUUUUAAUACUUAGACUCCUGUUACCUGUUGCAUACAAUUUUUGUUGCUGUGUCAGGCAUUUAGGUAAUUUUUUUAUGGGUUAAUCCUUUGAAGUUCAUUCAAAUUGUAUUCACUAAUAGUUAAUUUCCCUUUAACUCAAGAGGCUGUUUAUCCAAUAUGCCUGUUUGAAAAUGAUCUUUGUUUUCAUAUUUAUUUAGACAGAUAAACAAAUAUAUUGCAGAUAAGGAAAUAGGUAAAAUAUUAAUCUAUCAUUGGUGAUUUAACUUUUAUGUACAUUGUUUGUUGCUAUGUCAGGCAUUUAAGUUAUUGUUCAUGCUGCAAAGAACAAUCUUGUUCAAAAUUUAUGUUGGAAAUUUAAAUACUUGUAAACGUGUGUUUUGUUUUUCACCUUUGAGAAGUAAACAUUCACACAGAUCUUUAUUUCAUGAGUUUCUGUGUAUGUGUAGAUAAGAUAGGGUAUAUAUCAUAAUUUCAGUUGACAACGGAGAAGCAGAUAUUUAAAUCUGAACAGUGACAUUUAUAUUUUGUAAAGAGUCUGUAAUUCAAUUUAAUAUAAGAUGGAAAUAUGUGUAAAUUACAAGGAUAUUAAUGAUUUGUUUCUAUUUGAUUAAAAGAGUGCUUUCGUUACAAUGUUUUUGAUCCGUCUCUAACUUGGUACUUAAUUCAUCCCACACUGAAAUAUUAGAUUUUCUCCUCCAUUCAUGCUAACUAGACCUGAUUCAUUGAAACGAUUUGAUAAUUAGAAGUAGCUUUUUUCAAUUUUUAAUAGCAAUUUUGGUUUAUCUUUAGUUAAAUAAAAAAAAAUGUAUGUCCCCAUUGGCUAUUAAAAAAAAUUGUGAUGGAUCUCUUUUGUUUUUUGUUUUUAAUUUGCAGAGGUGCUUAUAUGGUCUUAUCUUUUUAGCUUGUGAUUUUACUAUGUAUAAUAGCAUCAAUUUUAUGUUCAGUCCAUACACAGAAGUCCACAUAUGAAGAGUUUGGUUGCAUAAGGGAUUAAAACCGUGGUAUUGAGUUUGGAGAAAUCACUUUUUAUCUUCAUAUUUUCACAAAUACGUGUAUCUUAAGAAAAUUCAAUUGGGAAAGUGCUCUUUUUUUCAUGAUUACUUUUAGGGUAACUCUAUUUAAUAGCAGGAAUACAGAUUGUUUUACAAUGUUCUUAUAUCAUCAAUUCAGGUCUUAUCAAAAGUGGAUUUGUCUCCUUUUUGCAAUUAAGCCUUUCUCUGUGAUGUACAUAAUAUGUGUGUUGAUUAUGUUUCUGUACAAUAGUGUACAUAAAGUAUAUAGUUUGUGAGGGGUAAAGAAUUUGUUAGAUUAUUUUAUGGAAAUGUUAUCUUUUUCAAUUCUUAAAUUGUGUGUAAUUAUAUAUUUAUGAAAUCGUGUGUUAUAUUGUUCCAAGAAGAGAGCUACAUGUAUUUGCAGUAAUUAUCAUUUUCUAAUUGAAAAUUGACAAAAAGCUACAAUUAAUCUCAUCACUGAAUAAGAAUAUAUAGGAAAUCAUAAAUCAUUCAUAUUUCAUGACAAUCAUAUCGACUAUUCCUGGUGUAUGAUUAAAAAUUUAUGUAUCUAUAAUAUUUAUAAGCACUUUUCUAAUGGAAGUUCUGGGAGAAAAGAAUAUCAGGAUUCAAUUUUGUUGUCUGUUUAGCUGAAUGGUGGAUGUUUCAGACUUAAUGCAACAAAGCUAACAAACAACAUCUUUGUUACAAUAGGAUAUAGGACAUCAGCAAGUCUUGCAGAGACAAACUGCUAUCUAAUCAAAAAGUUUGUGAAAAUUAAAACAAAUUAGAGCAAAAUAAUCUAUCCAGAGUUGUCUUGGGACAAACUCAUUGCAUCAUUCAAUGUGACUCAUAAUGUAAUUAUCAAUUUUUUAUAACAUAUGACAUGAGCUGUGACUACAAGUGAUGAUGUCAUAAGGAAAUUCAAAUUUUAAUCUUUAAAAAAUUGCUUUUUUAUUUUAGCUCCUGGCAAUUAAGUGACAGAGAAGUCAUAAUGAAAUUCAAAUUUUAAUCUAAAAAAAUUGGCUUUUUAUUUUAGCUCAUGGCAAUUAAGUGACAGGGGAUCUGAUUUAGCACUCAAGCAAUGGUCAGCAGUCUUUCAUAAAGUAACCCAUUACCUAUUGACAGCUUUAUGAAAUACCACUCUGGAAGUUCAAGGCAUAAGAUGCACACUAUUACAUUUUUUUAAGUUGACACUCGUUAAAAGAUUAUCUUAAGUUUUGGUAAAUCCUCCAUACAUGUCACUCCCAUUUCAUUACUAUAUCAUAUUAAUGCAUGUGCCCCAAAACAAAUGUGAUGUGAAGGAACUAAACUAACACUGUUUUUUUGUCAAUAAAUGUAUUGAUUUAACAGCAGAAUUAAGGUUGAACGGGUGCCCAAUCAAAAUAAAAUACAUGCCCUUUUUUUUUUUAUAAGACACAUUCUCAUGAAUGGAAUGGGCUGGAAAUUCAGGAUAUAUAUUUUGUCUUAGUUGUUUUAAUAUCCAGUUACUAACUAUAUAUGUAAACAAGUGCUCAAGUUUUUUUUUUAUAAAAAUAAAAAACAUUACUGAUAGAGGGCGCUAUAUUUAAAUUUAAAUCCUAAGAGAUGAAAAACUGCCAUAUUUAGAUACUCAUGGGUAAAAAAAAUGCAUCCAAUGACUACACUUUUGUAAAAAUGAAAUUUUCAAUGAUACUCAAAUAUACAUGCAGUUCACAUUAAUGACCCUUUUAGGCUUUAAAACAUACACUGUUAUGCUAAUUUAUUCAUAUAGAUGUCAACUAAACAGUAAUAACCUAGUAAGUUGUAAACAUGUAAAGAUGAUAUCUGGUACAAAAUCGUAAUAUAGGUUGCCAAGGAUUACAUCUUGUAGAAAUGACAGUGAUUCUGAUUGUUCUGUGCUUCUACUAAUGUGCCAUCCUGAUUACGUGACUAAAUCAGAAAUUUGUAAGAAAACAAAAAUCCAAUAAAUAACCCAUUUCUGAAAUAACGCAGCAAAA